UUUCCAUUUCCACAUUUCUCUCUCCUACUUCCUCUCUUCACUUGCCAUCGUUUCUUUCCCCUUCAACACAAAACCCUCUCUCUCUCUCUCUCUCUCUCUCUCUCGCUCGCUCUUUCUCUGGAGAUGCGAGUGUUGGUGUGAAUUUUCCUCCAUGUUUCGCUCUCUCUUCUUCCGGAUCCUCCUUUUGUUCCUCCACAAGCUACGGAACACUAUUUUCACUGUUUCCUUCAGUUUCUAAGCUCGAUUAAGCUUUCGAUUCGAGUUCGUUCGGAUUCUCUGCGCACAAAACGAAUCGUUUUUGGAUUUUAGCUUGACGUCCUGUGCACUUGUUCAGAAACUGUUUAAUAUAAGAUGAGACGAAUGAAUAAUGAGAUUGAAGAUGAGGGGCUCCCCAACAAUCAGACUGGGUCACAAUUGAACGAUGAGGGUUAUGAAGGAAGUGCCUGUGGAAUUGUUCUGAAGAAAGGGCCAUGGACAUCUUCUGAAGAUGAUAUUUUGGUGGAUUAUGUCAAGAACCAUGGGGAGGGAAACUGGAAUUCUGUUCAGAAGCAGACAGGCCUGUUACGUUGCGGAAAAAGUUGUCGACUGAGGUGGGCUAAUCACCUAAGGCCAAAUUUAAAGAAAGGGGCAUUUACUGCAGAAGAGGAGCGGUUGAUUGCUGAACUUCAUGCAAAAAUGGGAAACAAAUGGGCACGCAUGGCAGCACAUUUGCCUGGUCGUACAGAUAAUGAGAUAAAGAACUACUGGAACACCCGGAUCAAGAGGCGUCAACGGGCUGGCUUGCCACUUUAUCCUCCCGAUGUGUGUUUGCAAGCAUUGCAAGAUAGUCAACUUGGCCAAAGCACUGGUGGAAUUAAUGGUGGCAGUAAAGUGCAUCCUGAUUUUUUGCAGAAAAACAAUUAUGAGAUACAUGACGCAAUAUUUGAAAGUCUGAAGGAUAAUCAGGAAAUGUUAGAUUAUGUGUCCGAGCUUCCUGAUAUUUCUGCUUAUAGCAGUAUGCUGAAAGGUCUUGAUUCUUCUCAGUAUUGUAAUUUUUGGCCAUCAACUCCACCUAACCAUAAACGUCUUCGAGAGUCAACAAUGCCAUUUUUUGAUUCCAGUGGUAUGAACAGAGAUGGUUUUUAUCCAUUUGAUCAUAUUCUGGAUAAUACUUCUGAUAAGAUUGCGCAAUCAUUCGGAACGCAAUCACCCCUUGAUCGUGGUCCCUCCUCACACAGUUCUAUUUGUUUCAGCCAUUCACUUUCAAAUGGCAAUUCCUCUACUUCUAAGCCAACUUCUGUGGCUGUGAAGUUGGAGCUCCCUUCACUCCAAUAUCCAGAAAUUGAUUUAGGUAGCUGGGGCACAUCUCCCCCACCUCCUUUGCUUGAGUCAGUUGAUGAUUUCAUUCAGUCUCCUACGCCAGUAAGUACUCUGGAGUCAAAUUGUUCUUCUCCACAAAAUAGUGGCCUGCUGGAUGCUUUACUUUAUCAAGCGAAGACUCUUGGCAGUUCAAAGAACCAUUAUUCUGACAAGAGUUCAAAUUCAUCUACUGCAACUCCUCGUGACAGAGCAGACAGCUCUGUUUUGAACAUGUAUGAGACAGAAUGGGAAGACUAUGCUGACCCUCUAUCUCCAUUUGGUGCAACUUCAAUAUUGAACGAGUGCCCUGCUGUUAGUGCCAACAUAAAUUCAUUAGAUGAACAGCCAUCCGUUCAGACCUUUAAGGGCAACAUUGUGAAAUCAGAGUCUGUUGACCAGGUUUGGUCCCCUAAAAAUGAAAAUCAAACCAUGUCUCUGUGGAAUAUUACUUGCCCAGACUUCUUACUUGCUUCAGAUUGGCAUGAGCAGGGUUCUGGGCAUGGCAAGAACCAAGCCAUCAUGACUGAUGCUAAAUCGGCCCUUCUUGGAGAUGAUUUAGCCCCUGGCUACAAGAACAUGAUUGCGGGAACAUCUAAGUCAAGUCAGGUAUGGGGAUUUGGUUCUUGCGCAUGGAACAUGUCCGCUGUCUGUCAAGUGCCUUAUCUUGGUUAAGAAACUUCUGAGAUGUGUGAUUUGAAACUCUUUUACUAAUUACAUUCAUGUUGAAUUUUUUGACGUGGUCGUAAGGUGUUAAUAUCUCCUAGGCUCACAAAUUUUAUAUGGGUGUGAUUUAUAGCCAGAUACAUUGUCAGAGACUCGAGCUUGUGCCUUUGUCAUUUUUUUUUUUUUGAGUGAUGCUUGAUUGUAUGCCACCAUGAAUCUUGUGUACACAAUGCUUUUGCAGACUUC